GGUGCCUUUGCUUAAAAGGUUUUAUAACAAACUCACAUGAAAGUGUGUCUAAAACAAAAAAUUAUGACAAACUGGAAAAAUAAUGAAACUAUUUAUACAUUAUUAUUUUUGAAGAUCUUAAGCAACUCAAAAUGGCUGCCUUGGUCCGAAUCACAAGGCCAUUCAGACAGACAACAUGCAGUGUUUGCUCCCAGUUACCUAGUAUUCAAAAUGAACGCUACAAUUCUAACAGAACUUCAAUAACGAGGACAAAAACGGCCCAUUAUGUCAGAACAUACCCAACUUUACUUGUUUUACCUGAUGGAUCAAGCAUUACAGUCAGAUAUGAAAAACCUAGAAGAAUAAUCAAAUUACCAGUAGACCUUUCCACAUUAACAGAUCAAGAAAAAGAAGCCAGGAUAAUGAUAUUUAAUCCACCAAAGAAAACUGAAGUUAAAGAAGACAUUGAGGAUGAUUUUAAUGUUAAUGAAUAUACUCAAAUGUUCAGAAAGAAGAGAAAAUGAUUGUAGGAGAUUUCAGUGCUAAAUGACAGCAGGAUUGGUUGGAACGCAUUGCAGAUUGGAAUUGUUACAUUUUAUUACAUAUUUAUGUGAGUUACUAAAUAAAUAGGUUAAAAUUCUUGAAAUAUAUCAAAUAUUUUUUUCAUUGGUACAGAAAUAUUUAUGGAUGAAGUUUGGUUAAAACCAUUGAAAAGACAUGAAAAAAAUGUGUGUUUUACAUGUCAUUGUAUGGUCAACAUAUAUUUCAUUUGUGAUCCCCAGAUAUAGGUAGUGCAUUUUUGCUCAUAGAAAUGCCACUCUUGAAAAUAUCUUGCCUGAUGAUCAUUCAUAGAAAGGUAUUUAAAUUUUACCCUAAAAUAAACAAAUACCUUGUGACUAGUAAAAGAAAAACAAAAUACAGUUAGUUUCUCAUGGCCAAGUACUGUUUUGUCUGAAAUGUUCUUUUCUACAGAUUGAUUCUUGAAUGUAUUAAAUAAAGAAAACAAAAUUGAA